CAGUGAGUUGCUGACACGGUCCGGGAGGCCCGGGCCGCAGUCGCCCAAACGCUCAGCGCCGGGCCGGUCACAAGCCGGGCCGCCGGACGGCGCCAAAACAGUCCGCCGAGAGAGCAGCCAGAAACGAGACGAUGAACAAACUGCCGGAAACAGUGGUCAGCCUGCAGAUGAAACAAACUGGUGGAGAGGUGCCACAGCCGGUAGCUGACGAAGCUAACAAAGGACGGGCUGUGUUGUUUGAAGAUGUGCUGGAGCGAUGCUGCGGCACUGGACGCUGGCAGGUGCUGCUGGUCAGCUACAUGUCCAUCACGUGGAUCAUCUUGCCGACAUUUUCCAUGUCGAUGAUGUUCAUCGGCGCCACGCCGGCGUUCAAGUGCGCUGACGGGUUCGACACCAACGUCACGUUCGCGUCUCUGCCGGAGGAUGUUCCCCAGUGUCACCUUGUGGGUAACGCCAGCAUGUCCUGCUCGCGCUGGGUGUUCGACAAGUCCGUGUACGAGUCGACAGUGGUGACCGAGUGGAACCUGGUGUGCGGCCGCAAGCCGAUGCUUUCGAUGCUACAGUCUGUGCUGAUGCUGGGAGGGAUCGUCGGCGCGCUGCUGGGAGGACAGUUGGCAGACCGUUUCGGCCGCCGACCUGUCUUCCUGCCUGUGAUGCUGCUCGCGACCGUGUGCUCCUUCUCCGCGGCGCUGGUGGGCGACUAUGUCAGCUUCCUCGUGAUUCGAGGCUUCACGGGCUUCGGCAUGGCCUCUAUGAUUGCCAGCAUGUUCGUGUUGGUGACAGAGUUGAGCGACUGCGAGCACCGAGCGGCACUAGCGACCCUCGUAUUCCUGCCUUUCGGGUUUGGCAUCAUGCUGCUGGCUGCAGCGUCGUACUACAUUCGCACGCGCUGGCUGCUGCAGCUGGCGUUAGCCAUUCCGUGCGUACUGCUUCUGCCCAACUUCUGGCUGAUGCCCGAGUCGCCGCGCUGGCUGCUGAUCCAGGGUCGGUUCCCUGAGGCGCUGGAGAUUCUGCGUCAGGGCGCCCGCUGGAACCGCAGAAAGAUGCCGUCUGACGACGAGGUGCUCAAGAUGAUGUCUGAUGUGCGUCAAACGCACAUCGCUCGUGAAGAGGCGCUAAAAGGGGACAGCCGAGACUCUGCGCUUCAGCGUGUCCUCGCCCUGGUGCGAACGCCACUGAUGCGCCGAUACACUAUCGCUAGCACAUUCAUUUAUUUCGCCAUGGCUGGCUCAUACUUUGGCAUCUCCUUUGACGUGUCGCAGCUGAGCACGAAUCCUCACUUGGCCGUGGCUCUGUCUGGAGUCAUGGAGAUCCCCGCGUGCCUGAUCUACCCACUUCUGAACCGGUUCGGUCGGCGCCGCUGCCUCAUCGCCUUCCUGUUCACAACGGCCAUAGCGAUGUUCCUCGUCUUCGUCAAGAAGGACGCCACGCUAUGGCUGGUGCUGGGCCUGGUGGGAAAGCUGAGCGUCACAUCGGCGCUCAACAUGUUCUCCUACGUGUCUGAGUACAUGCCGACGCAGCAGCGCGGCCUGGCGAUGGGUCUUCAUCAGACGGCCUCGCGGAUCGGCGGCGCCGUCUCGCCGUUCGUGGUGGACCUGGUGAGCGGCCUGCACGAGCUGGCGCCGUCGGCCGUGUUCGGCGCCAUGGUGCUGCUCGCUGGCCUCGCGGCGCUGCUGCUGCCGGAGACGGCCGGCAAACCCAUGCCCGAGACUGUGGCCGAUGUGGAGGCUGCCGACCAUCGCAGACGCCCCAAGAAGGGCGCCGCGUGUGAACUGACCCUCAGUGAUGGCAGCGUGAAAACUGGUGUGACAUCCAGCUGAUAUGUUAACAUCCAGCUGAUGUGACAUCCAGCUAUAUAUAACAAUGACUUUAAUGCUUGCUCGAUCAACGGUCACCAGCAAUAAAUGCGCCAAUGGUAUCGUUUAA